AGCUACAGGCCUACACCACAUUUUCCAAAGCGGACACUGGCCCCAGUGUGUCUUGUAGAGAGCACUGUUUUCCCGCAGAUUGUCUUAUCAGGGGUCGGCAUAGCUGCACCCGGGACAGCUGUUGGGAGGAGUCAACUCAACUGAACCCUUCAUGUGCUCCAAAAGAACCCAUACAACACCCAAACAGUCACUUAUUUAGCACCGCCAGGUCUACAGAUAUGUAAUGUGCUGUAUGACUUAGAAAUGUGUUUAAAAGCAUGGUGUGACGUACGGUUUUGUAUUUCAUCUCCCUGAUGUGUCAAAGUUUAUAGAGGCUGGGUAGGUGACAAUAACUUGCUGCUCUGUCAUUACCAGGUUAAUCUUUUGCAGCAAGAGUAUCUCCUGAAUGUGUUCAACAGCCAAUUAUGUUCUCCCUCUGAGGAGAACCUGUGAGGUAUUAGCCACUCCAGGCAGGCUGGUUGGUGGAGUGUCCAUGUCAACUAAUUUCCCUGGAGUCAGAUCUUAUGGAGCUCCUCAGGACACAGAGAUGGAUAUGGCAUGGCAGGAGCUGAUGGCCAUCACAGAGCUGCAGGAGUUUCAAGUACCCACUGAAGGCUCCUAUGAAACAACACAGUACCAAAUCAUGGAGCCCAUGGUACCUAUGGGAGGUAAUGGGAUGGCUCAGUCCCAUUCUGAGCCUCCUCCUGCUGCUUGUGAGCUUGGCACCAAUGACACUUACGAUGGAUGUUACUCUGAAGUGCCAGUCUCACAUCGCCUAGGCAGCAACGCAGAGGCAGCGUAUGGACAAGCUCAGCUCAAUCAAAGAAUGCUCCCCAUCUCUUCUCACACACAGCCAUCACACAUGGCUUUUAGGGAACAGAUGAGCAUGUCGGGUACCAGUCAAGGGCACAGGAGGGCCAACGCUUUUCUCUCUCAGGACAUACAUCGGCACAUGCUGUGGACUACACAUGGACAAAGUUCCCAGGCUCGCUCAGCCGAUGAACUAGAGUCAGACUCUGGUCUGUCUCUAGGUUCUAGUCCACCUCUGACCUCCCCAGAUAAUCCUGUUGGUGGUGCACCAGGUUGCCAGAGUGUAGACAUUGGCAUGCCAUAUUGUGAUAGUGAACCAGACAGCAUGACUCAGCAUACCAGAAGACCACACACCCAUUACUCAGUGGACUACCAAAGUCAAUCUUCCUUGUAUUUACACUCAGGUACACAGGCUUAUUUUUCACCCCAACCCAUUUUAUCACAAUCACAACCCAAUGCUCUGACUCCCCGGGCAGUGAAACAGAGUCAGACCUCUGCUCUGAGCAACCUGUUCAAUGACUCUGGGGUGUCCAGCAGGGGGGGCUCACAUAACAUGUAUAUCAAACCACAAGCAAGUAUCUCCAGUCCAGGUCCACUGAGCAGAGAUGAGAGGCGGGCUAUGUCUUUGAAAAUUCCCUUCCCCACAGAGAAGAUUAUCAAUCUACCUGUGGAUGACUUCAAUGAACUUGUGACACAGUAUACUCUGACAGAUAAUCAACUAGCACUGGUGAGGGACAUUAGACGGAGAGGGAAGAACAAAGUCGCAGCUCAGAACUGCAGGAAACGGAAGCUUGAGAGCAUAGUUCACCUUGAAAGAGAACUGAACGAGCUGCAAGCCCAAAGAGAGCACCUGGCACAGGAAAGGCUUGAGUUCCAACGCAGCCUGGGUUUUAUUAAGUGUCGCCUUACAGGUCUCUAUUCAGAAGUAUUUUCUCACUUAAGAGAUGAAGAUGGACAGCCAUACUCAAUAGAUGAAUACGCCCUACAACAGACACCCGAUGGUAAAAUUUAUUUAGUACCUCACACAACUAUGCAAAAGAGAGAGCAAUGCUAAAUGUGGGGAUAGUUUUGUUUCAAUAUCCUGACAGAAGGUAUACUGCCUUGAU